CGAUUGUUACUUUGUAUUUGAGCUGUGUGUUUCACCUGUCGCCAUUGAAACGGAAGAUUCGUCGCAUGAAAGAUGAACACAACUUUCGACCCGAAUUAUGAGUACCGAGCAACAAUAAAACGUGAAAAAUUCAAGGCAACCGCAAUAUGGAAUGAUAUGGUGAAUCAUCUACGAAAUAAUGUUGUUAUUAAGCGACGUCGUUGGAAAAUGAAAUCGUACGAAGAUUGCUUUACGGGAUCAGAAGCGAUAACAGUGCUUCAAAAUUUUGUUAAAUCUCACCCAGAUAUGAGACUUGGUGUUUCAAGAUCUCAGCUUCGUAAUCUUUGUCAGAUAUUUGUUCAAAAAAGGAUUUUGGAAGCGGUCGAGGAUAAUCAGAGAAGUGAUUUUGACGAUGGCUCAAAGUUAUAUCGGUUUGUUGACGUUGCUUAUAGCAAUACUGGGCCGCAUGUGUCACAGGAUUUUCGAAGGGAUAAAGCUUUACUACCAUUAAAAAAGGACAUAUCUAUCCGUGAAGUUGAUAUUUUAAGACGAGAAAUCAGCGCAGUUCGUUUAUUACAGUUAAUUGAUGUGCCCAUGUUGGAGAAUUUGCUAGAAUCGUUUGAAAAUUAUGCUGACCAUGACGACGAGUACGCCAAUGGUAAUAAUUUGGAUGUGGAGCAAGCCAAUAAAAUUGGACGCGAACAUUUAGAUCAGACAUUGGAGUUAUGCGAAAAUGACCAAGAAAAAACAUGGUUAAAAGCAACAAUAGAAUGUUUUGAUCUUCAAAUCAAGUGUCCUUUACCUAGAAAAACAGAGAUUGGAUUUAGAAAUUCAUGGAACGACAGUAUUUUAGGAAUUUUCAAAAGUUUGAUUGAUUACUAUCGAUCGAUCGUCGAGACUUUAUUUCCCAGCAAUUUGUUUGAAGUUAUCUGUGAGGUAUCGUUCUUACUGCAAAAUGGAAAGUAUACUGAGUGUUUAAGAGUGUUGCAGUUGUUGGUUGUACUAUUGCCGCUGAGCAAAUCGCAGCAUUUGCAGAAACUCCUUCAAUUCAUGUGUCUUUCUGUGGAUAACAAUAUACAACCUGUGGCAGGAGUGGAUUCAAGGGAAGGAGUUUGUUCGGUAUUUAUGAAUGCCAUUCUUCCAGAAUGUGAUCAAUUGGAUAAGGUAAUGCGUUAUUAUCUUGUCAACUUCAUGAUGGAGACUCAAGCGAAUAUGUUUCGCAUUCCCGAAGAUGUUGUCCAAUAUCUCCAGGAAACAUUGAAUGAAUUUGAACAAGGGCGCACUGACCUUCCUGUGGUUUCCAGAUGUCGUCGCGUCUCCGUGUUGGAAUACGAACAACAAAGAGAAACUUUUACGAAUCAGGAGUUAGAACAACUUAUAAACCAAAUUCUAGACGAUUUAAACUUAACACUGAAAGAAAAGAAAAUGCUUUUGAGGAACUUUCAAAAACAUCAUCCUGAAGUAUUUUUGAGACAGUUCCCUGACGGAGACUUUUGAGAAAGGAUCUCUGUGUAUUAUGUUUUCUUAUUUGUAAUAUGAUUCUUUAUCUUCAUUAAACCUGUACAUAAUUCUGGAUAAAUAUGUGUUUUCGCAAAAUACAUUGCUUCCUAUAUAAAACGUGAAAAUAGAUAUUAAUAUAUUGUAAUCACUCUCAUCCAGAAUGUUUCUUUAAUAGACAGCUCUUUGUAUGUA